AUGAUGUCCAUGAACAGCAAGCAGGCGUUCGGCAUGCACCCCAUCCUGCACGAGCCCAAGUACCCCCACCUCCACAACAGCUCCGAGGCCAUCCGCAGAGCCUGCCUGCCCGCCCCCCAGAUCCAGGGUAACAUCUUUGCGGGCUUCGACGAGACCUUGCUGCGGGGUGCCGAGGCUCUGGCCGCCGUCGACAUCGUCUCACAAAAAACCCACCCCUUCAAGCCAGAUGCCACCUACCACACCAUGAGCAGCGUCUCCUGCACUCCUACCUCGUCCUCCGUCCACCUCCACCACCCUUCCGUGCUGACCACCCACCAUCCCCACCACCACCACCACCAACCCUCCCAGGGCCUGGACGGGGAGCUGCUGGACCACCUCAACUCCGCUCUCCCCCUCGGAGGGGUGCCGGGCCCGGACGUGGGCUCUACACCGUCCCACCCUCACUCCCACAUGUCGGCCAUCAACCACAUGGCCCACCACUCCCAACCUAUGAACAUAUCCCACCCCCACGGCCUGGCUUCCCACGCUGUCAUCUCCGGCCCCGAGACGGAGACGGACCCCCGGGAGCUGGAGUCCUUCGCCGAGCGCUUCAAGCAGCGAAGGAUCAAGCUGGGGGUGACCCAAGCGGACGUCGGCUCCGCCUUGGCCAACCUGAAGAUCCCGGGGGUCGGGUGCCUCAGCCAAAGCACGAUCUGCAGGUUUGAAUCCCUCACUUUGUCCCACAACAACAUGGUGGCCCUCAAACCCAUCUUAGAAGCCUGGCUGGAGGAAGCCGAGAGGGCGCAGAGGGAGAAAAUGACCAAACCCGAGAUCUACACGGGGGGGGAUAAGAAACGCAAGCGCACGUCCAUCGCCGCCCCCGAGAAGCGUUCGCUGGAGGCUUAUUUUGCCGUCCAGCCCCGACCCUCCUCCGAGAAAAUCGCCGCCAUCGCCGAGAAGUUAGACUUGAAGAAGAACGUGGUGCGGGUCUGGUUUUGCAAUCAGAGACAGAAGCAGAAAAGGAUGAAAUUUUCUGCCACCUACUGAAG